AUUAGUUUACUAUUUGAUCAAGUUUUAUUUCAUUCUAGUUCCCAACGAUGCAACUUUUACGUACUAUUGUUAGAGUAAUUUAAAAUUUAUCGAAAGAAAAAAAGGAAUGGCGCGAUGUCCCUUGUCAUCUGUCAGCUUCAUUCAUUCAUCCAUUGUGCAGAAAAAAUGUGACUUGUUCGCUUUGUAAUUUUGUUUUUAUGUAAUAAGUGCUAGUUGAAUAUUAGAUCCACCCGUUAUUAAAUCCCAUUACAUUAACGAAAGUGUUGAUUACCGUAUUGCAUAAUUAGAACGAUCGUAGUAACAACAGGGCCUGCUUUACAGUUCCCUAAGAAUAUUCCCUCUACAAAGAGCUUGGUGCGGCGUCGGCGAAUGAAAUUCUUAAUUUUCUUGCGCAGUGAUAGUUGAGUGUUUCGUUUGAUGAAGAAAUAAGGGUGUUUGUAAAGUAGUGCAGUGUGAAAGGAAGCAAGGAUGUCGGGCCGGGUAAGGAAGCAGUCGGACUGUCCCGUGGGCAAGCAAGGCCCGAUGCGGGCGACGCUGCCGGUGUCAUCAGUCAUGAAGGGCGGCGGGCUCAAGAAGAACGCCAGCAACAGCCCGACCUUGUCCCCCACUAAUGCGUGGCGCCGGAUAUCACCAGAUCACGCCCUUUCUGGCCAGCGAAGCCCUGGAGCUGUCAAUUACAAAGGCAAGGGUAGAUUUGGUGCCAGUGUCAUCAGGCGCACAGCCUCCCUUGACACUCUGUAUCACAAAGGACAAUGGUCCAGGGACUACUAUCUCCACGCUGGCCAGUUGCAAGUUGACAAGUCCACACAAACUGAUGAUGGAGGUGGAGCCUCAGGUCGUUCUUCACGGAGUUCCGAGGAUGACAAGCUUGACCGCUUCCUGCGCAGUCGUCUGCAAAGACCGCACAAACCAUCUGCAUCUGGAGACUAUUCAAGUCAUUCUAUGACUACUGCUCUUUGUGGCAGUGUCCCGUUGCGAGCGGCGAGGUCAUCAGUGGAGGGUCUCAAUCAGGAGAUUGAAAGACUUGUGCUCUAUCCAGCCAGUGGCACACAAACUCCACAUCUAGACCGGUUAAGGGACAAAGUAACACCAGAAGGCCACCGCGCGCCUCUCGCCGAGCUUCUCAGACGUUCAGUGAACACUCAGACACCACACGAUCUGUGUCACACUGCUCAUUCAUCAGAUCCACCGUCCCGGGGGUCUCUCUCCAGCGGUGGGUCCGCAGAGCUGUUGGCCGCAGGUGGCAGUGUCUGCUCGUCUCCAGAUCUUGACGGGUCUAAAUUAGGCACGUCGCCGCAGAUAAAUCGCUUUUUGGCUCGUGAACCUCCCGAUGGUUGUGAAAAGGUAAACCUGAAAGCGGGCGAAGGAGCAUUCUCCGAAUCAGUGUCUGUGAUGAAGCCGACGAUACCGGGCUUCACGCUGCGGCCAUCGCUGGGGUCAGCCUUCCAGCCGCUGCAGCCCGCGCCGCCGCCGUCCCCGCCCGCCUCCACCUCGCACUGACUCCCACCCCGACCUGACCACCCGGCGCCGACACCUCACGCGUGCCCAUCUCUCGGACUAGAGGGCUCCUUAUCCACUAAAAUCGACAUUUUAUUAGUUCUACUGAACCCUCUUAUUAUACACGUCCUAUGUUCACUGAAGUUGAAAUUGAACAACUAAUUUCAAUUUCAUGUCUUGACAAAGCUAUUAUUCUAUGCGUACAAAUAAAUCACUUAUGAUUUCUGACUACUAGAAGUUGCAGAACAAUUCUAGUGGUUAAUUUGUACAUAAACAAUAUAGCGUAGUUUCCCAUAGUACUACUACUAAAUGCAAUAACUAAUUUCUUUAUUACUGAAAAACGUGUUAGUGGCAUCCAAAGUUUUAUCACCUAUUCAUAAUACACGUCUUUAAUUAAUCUGUUGUGACAAUAAUAAACAUUCUUUAAAUUUAUUGUGACGAAAUUACAAUGUCCUUUGAUACACUAAGUAUUGAAUGUUUGUCAAUUUCCAUCAAAUUUCGAGUGAGAGUAAGAAAUAGGAAUAUCCCAGUACAUUUGAUCCGUUUUAGACUUGCAAUAUUAAUUUGCACAAAAUACUUUGACAAACUGAAAGCAACCAAAGCAAUUUAAUCGCAGCAUUAGAUUCACUAACGAAGCCAAA